AUGGAGGCCACCAAAGAGUCGAAGAUUGUGUCUAACAACUUCAAAGUUCUUAUCAUUGGUGGAGGUAACUGCGGCCUUGCAAUUGCUACCGGCUUGAAAAAGGCUGAUAUUGACUACGCUGUCUUCGAGCGAGACCGUGAGAAUGACUAUUACAACCGUCCGCGGGACUGGGGCAUGUUACUCCACUGGGGUACCGAGUAUUUGGAAAAGGUACUCCCCGCACAUCUUCGUGCGCGCAUCAGCGACAUCCGUUGCGAUCCCCAUGGUGAUCCGUCGGCAUGUUCGGCUCCAGUCCCCUUUUUAAAUGCCUUGACUGGCCAAUUGAUUGCCGAGUUUCCACUUGAAGGUACGAACCGCGUAUCACGAAUGAAACUGCGUCGCUUCUUGACACAAGGAGAGAAUCUCAACGUACAGUUUGAAAGAUGUUUCGAAAACGUCGUCGUCGAGGGCGAUGCCGUGCGCGUAUUAUUUCGCGACGGCACUCAAGAGACGGGGAAUUUGGUCAUCGGAUGCGACGGGUCGCACUCCAAGGUGCGCGAAUUUCUCACCGGUUACGACGCCGCUCAGCUGGAGCCCGUCGGUCUCACGAUGAUGAAUUUCCCGAAAAGCGGAUAUACUGCCGAGGAGGCACAUCUGCUGCAGACGCUGCACCCCGUUUUUAAGAUUGCGUCUCAUCCCGAAAGGCCUGGGAACGCAAUGCUGGCUGGUGAGACAAAGCGUGCUACCUACUUUUGUUUUGCUGAAGUGGUGGUAUUAAUUCCAUGGACAGUUCUAGAUAUUCCAGACCCGGACGACGCGACAACGUGGAAGUUCCAGAACUACAUCGGCUGGUGGGGACCGCCUUAUGCUGAAGAUUUGCAAGAUCCAGACACUCGCAUGGAUUUUUACCGUACCUGGACGGCGUCGUUGUGCGAGCCCUUCCGAACGGGUGCCCUCAAGUUGGCCGAGAGAGAGGUUGUCCCAGUAUAUGCCGGGCAGCAGUGGGCGCCGACGAUGGCGUGGGAUAACCACGAUGGACGGGUUACGUUGGCGGGCGAUGCAGCCCAUUCCAUGGUUCCUCAACGUGGCCAAGGCCUCAACCACGCCAUGAGAGACGCCAGUGACCUGGUGGACGCUAUCCAGGGUAUCGUAUCGAGGAAGAAUACACUCGCUCACUUGAUAACGGCUUACGAAGGCGAAAUGAGACCAAGAGGCGCGACAGAGGUUGCUCUAUCGUUGGAGCAGGCCAUCAAAGCUAGGGACAAGAGUACGAUCAUGGAUAGUCCGCUGUUCAAAAUGGGCUGGCGACGAGGCCAUACAUAG